AUGGAGGGCUUCGACACCAUCACCAUGAAUUACUUGGCGCCCUCGAUGCCGCUGUCGGGCGUGACCGCCCCCGACGCGCUCCACGGCCCGCUGCUCCCGCUGGAUAACCUCGACGGCCACUCCAACUUCGACCAGGAAACUUUCGCCGGCAGCGAGGAUGCCACCUACUCGCACCACCCUAUGCACCCGGCCCAGCUCAAGCGCUACAACAGCGCCUACGACGACCCUUUCUCCGACGCUCUGAGCGCAUACGAUCAGCAGACCCAGCCCGAUACCGCCAUACCCGACGGCGACACGGUCGAGCGCGACAACAAGCUGCUGAGCUUCUCGACGCCCACCUUCCCCUACACUAUCCUCGACUAUGCCUACCGUCGCACUUCGGCCUCGGUGAACGCACAGCUGCGCGGCAUGUUCUUCCUUGCCGAAUCGCCCUGGGCCUCGGCUGGCGAGAACGCCGCACCGCCCACCGAGCUGACCUGCUAUCGCCGGAACCUCUUCCAGAUCACCGGCACCAUCACUCUCCCUCGCGCCCUGCAGUACAUCAUGACCGACCAGGGUGAGCAGAUUCCGGUGCUGGCGCAAGAAUUGACUAUAUCCGCCACCGAGUCAGUCGAGGGGAACCCGGUGAAGAUCAUCUCAGUGCCGUGGAAGACCCCGGCCAGCAGCACGCAGGUUGUCGAGGACAAGACAGAAAAGGAGCCGCCGUCGAUCCCGCUGGAUCUUUCGAACGGGCAGGAGCUGGACUCGGAGUAUGUGAACUUCCCGAUUGCUUGGAAGCGGCUGCAGUUCAGGAUCGCCACGGCGAACAAUGGACGGCGGAAGGAGCUUCAGCAGCACUUCGUAGUCAGAUUAAAAGUCAUGGCCACUCUUUCGAACGGUAUGAGAGUGUCCAUCUGCGAGGUGCAGUCAGGUGCCAUCAUUGUCCGUGGCCGGAGUCCCCGAAAUUUCCAAUCUCGGAAAGACUUUCCAAUUGGUAACAGCACCGCUGCUCGCAAAUCGCACGCAACGCCCGCUCAACCAACCCGGACUCCGACCGGAACAGACUCCGGUCAGAACCACCAUGGCCACAAACGUGAACAUUCCACGGCCACAACCGUCGAAAUCCCCCAGAUGCCCUUCCAGUUCGAUCCUAACGACACGCUUGUCUCUCCUGACUUCUUCGAGUGGAAAAUCCCCACGAGCCAAACCGGAGCUAUGACCGCCGUUCCACCAGCACCGGCUUCUUACAGCAUCCCCCCUGUCCCGGCCUAUCCUCAGUCAAGUCCGGACUUGGCGCGCCACAACUCACAGCCACGGCCAGCAUUGUCACAGCCCAUUAGCCUGUCUUUGACCGAGGAUGAAUCCAAGAAACCCGAAUCACCGUCUGAAACUAGCAAGAAGCUGCCGAAGCUGACACAGCCUCCUGCUCGUGCACCAUCUUUCUCGAUCAACUUGAUUAGCAGUCCGGACGAGAGCGCCGAUCUACUGUACGAAUAUUUCCCGCUUGGUCUAGACGAUUGGAUGCCACCCGUGGACGCCGUUUACAGACCACACGUCGUUCACCACACAAACCUGCCACAAGACCCCAAGGCCGUAGCCGUAAGGAACCGGUCGAAACGUUACUUCUCUGAGUCUUCGCCAUAA